AUGUAUGUAUAUACAAAUCUGCCACAGGUAAUUGGCAUCGAUCCCGUCGAUCGAAAAGUUAUUAUUUGGAAAGAAGACAUUGAUAUUAAGCAAUGCACAUUUUCACGUAUUGUUUUAUGUGAAAAAUCACCGAUUUCAAUAUCAAUAGCAAAAUCUUCAUGUCUUUCACAACUAUUGGACAAUGCUCAAUCAACUACUGAUAUGUGUCACGUUACGCGAUCAACAAAUGUCCAACAGGAUGUUAUGCAAAUUGACAACGAACUUUGGCUUUUCUUCAAUAUUCGUGGUUCUGAACAAUGUCAUAUUUAUUCCAAUUCCAAUGAUGGCACAGAAUCAAUUUCAAUCAAUGAGCCUGCUCUUGUAGGUAUACCUUGUAACAGAUCGGUUCAAUGCAUCGAUACUCAAAUGCCUAUUACAUCUUGUACACCGCGUCGAACACUCGUCGCAACCCGUUCUCCAACAUAUUCUCAAACACAAGCACGUAUCUUCCUUCCAAUUAAAAAUAUGACAAAAAUACUUGUCUCGUCUUAUCAAUCACAAUUUGAAAAAACAAUAAAUGAAUUAAUGACGGCUUUAUCUUCAAAGCCCAUAAGUUUUAAACAGAUUUUCGAAAUCGUUUUACUUUAUACGAUAUCCGUUGUCACUAUUAUUCUGGUUCUCCUCUUUCUUUAUAGCCUCAAAUUCAUCAAAUUCAUCAUACACAAAUUACAAAAAAAAACAGACCGUAUUGAAUCAAAUCUAGAAAACAUUCUUUCAUUAUAAUCUUUCAUCCCAAUUGUUUUAUAAUUCUGUACUUAAAUUGCAAUAAAAUUUUCUUUCCACCUACAUGAUAAACCAUAUUCAUCACACACACUUGUUUCUUUAUUAAAUAAAAACUAUCACGUCAGCUCACCCUCAUUAAAAAGAACAAAACAUUCAGCAAUACCACUAUACUUCUUUUACAUAAUAUCCCUCUCAUCAUUCUUUGUAAAAAGAUCUAG